AUGUCUGGUGUUUGGGUUUUCAAGAGCGGGGUUGUUCGCCUGGUUGAGAACCCUUCGGCCGAAUCGUUGGACGGAAGCCGGCAAGGUUCAAAUGCUCGGCGCAAGGUGCUGGUUCACACUCCUAGCGAGGAAGUCAUCACCUCCUAUGCAGUCCUUGAGCGCAAGUUGUUGUCGCUUGGGUGGGAACCGUACUACGAGGACGCGGACAUCUUUCAGUUCCACAGACGAGCUACAGUCCACCUCAUCUCUCUCCCCAAGGAUUUCAACAGGUUCAAGUCCAUGCACAUGUACGACAUCGUCGUCAAAAACCGCAACAUGUUUGAAGUAAGGGAUAUGUAGUAGUAGUAGCAGUACUUAUUGUCCCCUGCGCUAGCUUCGUGGUUUGGUUUGCUCCUGUUUGAAUGCAAUUUCUUGAUUGCCUCUGAUGUCUACGUACUCAUAUCAUA